AUGCUGGGCCUCAUGGCGAGCAAGCUCCUAGCCAGAGUCAGGCGGCUCCUGCCCCCGCUCCUGCGCCGGCACAGGAUGGCGCUGCUCACGGCGCCCGCGGUCUUCGCGGCCCUCCUGCUCUUCUGGGCCGUGCUCGGCGGCACCGACGCCGACUACCUGCUGUACAAGGACGCCGCCAAGCCCGUGGAGGACCGCGUCGCUGAUCUUCUGGGCAGGAUGACGCUCGCGGAGAAGAUCGGGCAGAUGACCCAGAUCGAGCGGCUCGUGGCCACGCCGGACGUGCUCCGGGACAACUUCAUCGGCAGCCUGCUCAGCGGCGGCGGCAGCGUGCCGCGGAAGGGCGCCACGGCCAAGGAGUGGCAGGACAUGGUGGACGGCUUCCAGCGGGCCUGCAUGUCCACGCGCCUCGCCAUCCCCAUGAUCUACGGCAUCGACGCCGUCCACGGCCAGAACAACGUCUACGGCGCCACCAUCUUCCCCCACAACGUCGGCCUCGGCGCCACCCGGGACCCGUACCUCGUCAAGAGGAUCGGCGAGGCCACCGCGCUCGAAGUCAGGGCCACCGGCAUCCAGUACGCCUUCGCACCAUGCAUCGCGGUGUGCAGAGAUCCGAGGUGGGGGCGGUGCUACGAGAGCUACAGCGAGGACCGCCGGAUCGUGCAGUCCAUGACGGAGCUCAUCCCGGGCCUUCAGGGCGACGUCCCCAAGGGCUUCACCAGCGGCAUGCCUUUCGUCGCCGGACAGAACAAGGUGGCAGCUUGCGCGAAGCACUUUGUGGGCGACGGCGGCACGGUGGACGGCAUCAACGAGAACAACACCAUCAUCAACCGCGAGGGCCUGAUGAACAUCCACAUGCCGGCGUACAAGAACGCCAUGGACAAGGGCGUCUCCACCGUCAUGAUCUCCUACUCCAGCUGGAACGGGGUCAAGAUGCACGCCAACCAAGACCUCGUCACCGGAUACCUCAAGGACACGCUCAAAUUCAAGGUAAAAAAUCAAAAAUCAAAUUCAAGUUCAGCUGCUCUUCAUGGCCUGGAGCAUUCUUCAGAUGUUCAGACGCUCAUCGCCAUUGUCGCAUCUUGUUUGCAGGGCUUCGUGAUCUCGGACUGGGAGGGCAUUGACAGGAUCACCACCCCUGCCGGAUCUGACUACUCCUACUCGGUCAAGGCUUCCAUUCUUGCCGGCCUUGACAUGAUCAUGGUGCCCAACAACUACGAGCAGUUCAUCAGCCUCCUGACUGGCCACGUCAACAGCGGCGUGAUCAACAUGAGCAGGAUCGACGACGCCGUGACCCGGAUCCUGCGGGUCAAGUUCACCAUGGGCCUCUUCGAGAACCCCUACGCUGACCCUGCCAUGAUGGAGCAGCUAGGAAAGCAGGAGCACAGAGAUCUGGCGAGGGAGGCGGCGAGGAAGUCGCUGGUGCUCCUCAAGAACGGCAAGACGCCGAGCGACGCGCCGCUGCUGCCGCUGCCCAAGAAGGCGCCCAAGAUCCUGGUCGCCGGGAGCCACGCCGACAACCUGGGCUACCAGUGCGGGGGGUGGACCAUCGAGUGGCAGGGCGACACGGGCCGCACCACCGUGGGCACCACCAUCCUGGAGGCCGUGAAGGCCGCCGUGGACCCGUCGACGGUCGUGGUGUUCGCGGAGAACCCCGACGCGGAGUUCGUCAAGGGCGGCGGCUUCUCCUACGCGAUCGUGGCGGUGGGCGAGCACCCGUACACGGAGACCAAGGGCGACAACCUGAACCUGACCAUCCCGGAGCCCGGGCUGAGCACGGUGCAGGCGGUGUGCGGCGCCGUGCGGUGCGCGACGGUGCUCAUCAGCGGGCGGCCCGUGGUGGUGCAGCCGCUCCUGGCCGCCUCGGACGCGCUGGUGGCGGCGUGGCUGCCCGGCUCCGAGGGGCAGGGCGUCACCGACGCGCUGUUCGGCGACUACGGGUUCACCGGGAAGCUGCCGCGGACGUGGUUCAAGUCGGUGGACCAGCUGCCGAUGAACGUGGGCGACGCGCACUACGACCCGCUCUUCCCGCUCGGCUACGGGCUCACCACCAAAGGGACGAAGCAGUACUAG